AUGCGUGACGUCAUUGGUAAGAGACGGCCCCCGAACACAUAUGGUACCCCGAACACAUAUGGUACAGACACCACUACUGGUGACAACCUGCCUGCAGCGGAGAAGCAGCAGGACAACGGCUCCAUUGUGGACUCCACUCGUCAAGUUGCCAGUACUAAAGCAGUCUACGUCCCCCCGCCAGGAGUAACCUCUCCUCGGGUAGAUGGAGAGAUCGCCACUCUUUUUCGCCAGGCCAACUCUACACAACCGAGCAGUUCAAGGCCACAGCAGCCCCCAUCAACUCGUCAAAGAGUGAGGCAAAAUUUCAACUCGUGGGCCUCUGGAAGCAGGAGGAGGAGGCCCACUUCUGUGGAGUACCAUGACCAUUUCAACAAGGAUGUAAUUCUACUCCCUGACCCAACAUGGGAGUUUGUGUGCAAGCAAAAGUCCAAACAGUUCUUGCAUGCAAAUGGUCACAUACUCAGUGCUUUUGAGUUCCAUAAAUCAUGGAACCAGUUGACCCUAUUCCGACAGAUCCGGGAUGAGUUCAAGCCCAGAAUUCCUGAGGAAGUGAGCUUGCAGUUUCUAAUGGCUUGUGGAAAUAAACUUGUGACACCUAAACUUAAAGAAGGUCAAGAGUUUGAUGGUCACAUGAUUCACAAGGUCUUCAGGUCAAAAGCCUUGUAUGUAAAACCAUCAGUUGCUAUUCUUGGUUACAACAGUGAUACUGAGGAUCAGUCCUGUGCUAUCCAGGAGGGUCCCAGCACAAGGUCAAAGUCAAGGGCAACUCAUCCCAGGGAAGAUAGCAGCGAAGAGGGCCACAGCGAUGGUUUAAUUCUUGAUGAAACCGCUACCUCCAGCCUGCCACUCAACAGCUAUCUUCACACGACAAGCUCUCUGCCUCACACCACCAACUCCAGCUUCAGCUCUUCUGUCGUUCCAGUGACUACCAGUGUCACCUCUUCUGUCACGGCUUCCAGCUCGACCAUUGCCCCCACAUCUGACUACUCUUCAUAUGUGACCUUAAUGAGAGAUGUCUCUGAUUUAUCGUCGGAUGAUGAGGAUUUAAAUCGUGCAAUACAAGCUAGCCUUCAAACUGAACAAGCCCAGGCAACUGAACAUGCCUCUGUUCAGGAGAUCCUCUCAGAGUUGGCUGAUAAAAUCUCGGCAAAUAGUCGCUGUAAAUUCAACAUCAACCGCUCGGCAGUGUUGGAUGGUGCCUUCCGGAGCUUCAAUCGGGCCACGUACGACCCCAAUGCCACCAUGAACAUCAAAUUUUCCGAUGAUCUUGGACGGAAUGAGGAGGCAGUGGAUUUGGGAGGACCAAGGAGGGAGUUCCUACGCCUUCUGAUGGAAGCUCUGAUGAUGAGCUCCAUGUUUGAGGGGUCAGAAUAUAGUCAGAAUCUGGCACUUGAUAUUCCAGCACACAGAGAGGACCGCUAUUUCCUUGCUGGAAGAGCUAUUGCUGUCAGUCUUGUCCAUGGAGGCCCACCACCUAGUUUCCUCUCUACAACACUAUUUGACUGCUUGGCUGCAGGCAGCCAUACAGCCAAGCCAGUGUUGAAGGACAUUGCAGACACAGACAUCUACAAUCAAGUGAAAAGGGUGUCCGAGAGUUCAAAAUAUGAGGACCUCAUUGCUGCAACUCAACAGAUGCAGGAUUAUUUGGCCAACGCAGGGUGUCUUCGUCCGCUGAAAAGGGUUCAGGAGAAGGAACAGCUUGUCCAUGAUAUCCUCAUGUUUCAAGUUGUGCACCGGGUUGAAGCCCCAUUCCAAAGGUUCCAAGAGGGGCUUAAAACCCUUGGAGUUUUGGGAAAGCUCCAGAAGAGCCCAGACAGCUUCCGCCCUCUAUUCUGCCAUCAGCAAUCUGCACUGACUGCUGAGAUAAUGGAGGAUUUGUUCCCCAUCCAUCUAUCUGCGCAAGGCAGCAACAAGAGGAGAGCAGAGGAGAUGGUGGUUCCCUACUGGAGAGACUACCUAAUUGAUGCGGAAGAUCAAGAGGGUCCUUCCAAACUUGAGCAAAUCCUUGCCUUUGCCACGGGAGCGACAGUGAUCCCACCAAUUGGCUUCCAACCUAUGCCAUCUAUUGAUUUCCUGCACGAGGAGGAGUAUGGAGACUCUGCUGUGUCAAACCUCCCUCUUGCAAAUACAUGCAUAAACUGUCUCAAGCUGCCGUUGCACAGCUCAUACUCUGUGUUCAAGGCAAAACUGGACUUUGCCUUUGCCAAUACACAUGGCUUUGGCAGAGCUUAAAUUGUCCAAGACAAAAUAUUGUUGUUACACAAAAAAUACAGUGUUUUCAUUGUCUUUGUUAUUAAGCAAGGAAGUUGUUGUAUCACUGUUAAUGUGACAUAAUCUCAUUGGAAAACAACCAACAUUGUAUUUUAAUGUUGUCAUUUUUUGUUUUUUUUGUUAUAAGAUGUCAGAAAACAAAUGCUAAAGAAAACCACAACAGAAGUACUCCAAGCCUCUAUGGGGCGCUAAGUGGAACAGUUGAUUUUCGACCCGAUGGAGAGAGAUCAAACAAGAGGACAAUCCACAGGAGAAAAGUGAACUAUUAUUAAGACACUUUUAAUUAAAUGUAAAAUACUAAUCGCCAAUGUAAAAACAAAAAUAACCCUUUCUUUAUCGUUUCUUUAGUCCACUUUUGUCCCAUGGAUUUUCCUCAUGGUUGGUCUCUGUUGGGUCAAAAAUCAACUGUUCCACCUAGCACCCCCUAGACGCCUUAGAAUUCUGACUUUAAACUCAAAAUUCUGAAAUGCUCACUUUUGGUCAGAAAUCAAAAUAGUUACCAUUUGGCCCUAAACCUCUUAGAGAGCACAUUUUAAUUACAUCUAUUUGAAAUGUUAUAUGUCCCACAUCUUCUGUGUGAACUGUUCAAGGCCUUAUAAGUCAUGUUGAUAACUUAAUAGGCCCUACUACAAAAAACACUUUGCACUGUCCAUGUGCAAUUUUUUAGGUCUCUGCUGUUCCUGCCUACUGAUACACUUGUUUGUUCAGACUUCUGUAAAAUUGCUCUUAUGUACUGUGUUGCUGGACAAAAAGCAAAAGAGAAGAAAAUAAAUUGAUGCCUAAGUUUCCAUCAUCAUGUAGUGGA